CCGUUCUCAGUCUAUCAAAGGGAGUCGAGUCUUGUGAAGUACACUACAGUCGUCUCCUCCCGAGGAAGUCUUAUUUGGAGAUUAACAGCUAACGACGCGUUAGAUAAUGUUUCGUUUUGCGUGUGUGAUUUUGUUUUUGUCACUUGGACAUGACAUCAUGUGUGACAUGUCUGGGGCAGUAGGGAACCCUACAAUUGUGCUCCCACCCACUCAGGCCACAACCAAAGCCACCACCCUCCCCCCCACCACAACCAAAGCCACCACCCUCCCCCCCACCACAACCAAAGCCACCACCCUCCCCCCCACCACAACCAAAGCCACCACCCUCCCCCCCACCACAACCAAAGCCACCACCCUCCCCCCCACCACAACCAAAGCCACCACCCUCCCCCCCACCACCAACGCCACCACUCUCGCACCCACCACACCUGCCCCUGUCCCCACCACCAACGCCACCACACCUACCCCUGUCCCCACCACCAACGCCACCACACCUGUCCCCACCACCAACGCCACCACACCUGCCCCUGUCCCCACCACCACGCCUACUCCCACUCUGCCAACUCCCUCAACUGGAAAGUACAGCAUCAAGACGGGCAACAGCACCUGCCUGCUGGCCGACUUUGGCCUUAGGAUCGGCUUCAUCCAAGGAGGAAAAGGCCAGGAGAUUAACCUAAUGCCCAAUGCAACAACUUCCACCGGAACCUGUGGGGUCAACACCAGUGAACUCAUCUUAACUUCUGACGUAAUCACCAUCAUCUUCAGUUUCAACCAUGAGGUCAAAAAUUUCCGCCUUCAUGCUUUGAACGUGACAAUCAAAUCAGACAGUGGAGUGGACUUCAAACAGGCCAACAUCAACCUGACCUUGUGGCAAGCUGCUGUGGGUAGCUCCUAUAUGUGCAACAAGCAACAAAGCUACAACAUCACAGAUGUUCUCACCCUGGACACGUACGAGCUACGUGUCCAGCCCUUUGAAGUCACAAAGGAUAAAUUCAGUACAGCCCAUGAAUGUUCACUGGAUGACACCAGCAUCUUAAUCCCAAUCAUUGUUGGCGCUGCACUGGCUGGCAUGAUUCUCAUUGUAGUAAUUGCUUACGCGAUUGGUCGUAGAAAGACCUAUGUGGGAUAUCAGACCCUCUAAAUCAAUGAAUCCAUUAAAAGGUUGAUCCUUACAUUUUAAGGGUUCCUAAGUCGGGUCCUGGUUCUUUGUUUAAGUGCAAUUCUUUAAUUGGCAAUGAUUCAAAACUAAAAUUGUCUUAUCAGGUGCCUUACUCUUUUGGCAGUAUAUUCAGGCACUGAUGACAACAUUUGAAAUAUUCAAAACAUUAUUUAAAAGACCAGCCUUGGUAACCCUUGCUAAUUAUGUCCCCUUUUAUUUUAUUGCUUUUGUAAUUUCAGUUUCUUUUCAGUUUUUAUAAGAGCAAGUGCAGAAUUCUCUUGUUGACAUUAGUAUGUGUUAUUGUUUACUUCUCAAAGUGAUUCAUUACAUCAAUACAAUAUUUCACACAUUAUUUUUCAUUCACCGUUUGUUUGACAGUGAUGGUAAAUGUAGUUUUGUGUGUGUGUGUGCUCCCAAUGUUUCAUCCCCACAAAUUCUGCACUUGCUCUGCCGUGUAGACAUUCCUUUUUUGUUUCCUUGUGAUCGUUUCAUGUAAUGUUGUGUACAAUUUAUUUAAACCCUUUUUUCUGGUUUGAUUCAAGCUCUCAGGCCCUAGCACCACAGUAUGUUGACAGUUCACAUAGCCUUGCGAUUGAGUUGCUUCUUUUCUUUGGCUUAACAACUGUAAUUAAGAAAGGGCCUUGUGGUGCUCCUUGUGUUCAAGCUCGAAUUUGACCAUUAAGAGGUAAAUACUUGAACUUGACUCAUUGUUAUGUCCCUGCAGUGCAGGUGACGGCACCAGUAGGGUUGGCCUGCUGCAUUAAGCCUGCGGUGUGUAGGUUACCACCAGGCCAAUAUCCUAGUCGUUUUCUGCCAAUAUCUUUCAUAUUAGCACUUUGACAGCCACUGAUACUUUUUGCGAAUCGCAACAUGAAUUUCGCUUGGAUGUAUAGAUAUUGAAGACAAACCAGAAAAAAGGUCAUACAUGUUGGCAUUAGGUUGAAAGGGAUAGUUUCUUUUGGGGUGUUUUACUUUCAUUCGAAAUGCGUUCUUCCCAGGCUUCAUUGAAUGAUGAAUGUAAAUGCACUACCGUGCUCUGUACAUUUGACAGAAGUAGAACUCUGUUGCAUUGUUAUUCCUGUGUCUAGCCUUACUGCAGUCAGGGUCAAGCAUGAAACUGCUGAUGAGUUAGAUGAGUGAGAGUAACCCCUGGAUGUUGCAACAAAAGAAUGGAUGUUUUAGAUGGGGUGACUGACCAUAGAAUCUGCAUGUGUAUAUUUUUGUCAUGUUAGAAGAGGUAAAUUGGUAACAGCUGUUGGUAAUUGCUUUAUUGUAGUGCAGUGCUCAGUAUAAGACGUCAUUGGCUUCUUGAAUUGCAGUUGGUCAAUCAUUCUUCAAACCUUGCAGAUGUUGUAUAUGUGAAUAAUAGCUUUUUAUGGUUGAGUAUAGAAUAUUUUCAUUUCCAUAUUAUUAUUUGUUUCUUGCUUUUGAUUGAUGAUUUGGAUCACCACCGGUUUGUAGUUCCACUCUUACUUUCACAUUCAAAAGUGGUAAUCAUGACAACUUGUGCCUUUCUCAGUGAAGACUCUUGAAAUUCUACGAGUUUGAAUUUAAUUGAAUGAGUCACAGGUCUCUAGUUUGAUAAAGGGAAUUCUUGCUGCAAAGCCCUCCUCCUAUAAAGUAAAAUGUUGUGUUUAUUAAAGUGUUGCUACAGAUUAAUGUUGGUUUCAUUUCAAUUUUAUAGGCUUUUAGUUACAAUAAAUGGGAUUCAGAAUUG